AUGAGGGCGAAGUUUCAGUCAUUCUCCUCUUCUUCCGCUUGUCUGGGCGUUGCUGCUUUCGGGUUGUAUCUUACCCUUUUUGCGGACCGCAGUGAUAAUGUUAUGACUGAAUUCCACUUUCCUUGGGCCUUUGUCAAAGGUUUGGCUCUACGAGAGAAAAGGCUUUCCAUUAAGCUGAGUAAACACUGGAUUUUGAUGCGGCAAGACCGUGAAAUCGAGGAGGAAGGUAUUGCCUUGUCUUCAGAUAUGCCUCUAAUUAGAGAUCGAUCCGGCAACUUACAAGGGGUGGUAAAUCAGCCAAUCGAGACAGCCUCAGUCGUUGCCGACAGCAGCUUUAACGUUGGGGACCGCGGAUCUGACAUCCGGUGUGAUUCAAAUGCUAAUCUUCACUGUAGUUCAUCCCCCUUAUCAGUAGAUACUUGUCUAAGAACUUUCAAUAUCCGCUCUAGCUUUCCAUAUACUAUUAGCCUUCCAAACAGCCCUGUUGUGAAUCCCUCACUUGGGGUUCGCAGCCACCAGCAAAUAUCCCCUUCUGACUUGAAUGACAGUCAGCAACAUCUGCAGCAAAAAAGGCCUAUUCCCAAACCAGCUUAUCCCAAAAUCUUCAUUCCCUUAUCACCUGGUGACCGGAGGCCUCCAUCUAGUUCCCUGCAGCAGCAGGCCGGCCAGUCAAACAAAUCACUAGUACCCGGCAUUUUUGGAGAAGUAACGAGACGAUUAUGUCUUUCACCACAGCCAGCUAAGCGGUCUCUUCUCUUUGCUGUAGGAGUACAACCGGCUGUUGUAUCGCAUGCUGAGAAAACGGUUGAGAUUGCUAGUACCCUCGCAACAGUAACAUCGUCAACACCGGGACUGUUAGCAGCACCGAAUGCGCAAACAGAAGCAUCAUCUCUCUUGAGCAAUAAAAGGUCCGUAGCGAUUGGUAUUCCAGGUAUUCUUACAGUUUUUCCGCGGUGGUUGUCCCGGAAAGCUAACCAUGAAAUCAAGAGCAGUAUUGCAGUGAAGGAAACUGAAGCUGAUUGCAAGAGCAAUGCGGUGCAAAGUGUUUGUAAGCGUAGGACAACUUUACAAAGUAAGUGA